GUUCGAGUCAACUAUGCCAGAAGCUGUCGAUGCGAUAUGUAACUCGCAUUACGUAGAUGACUACAUAGACAGUUUUGCAGACGAAGCCUCGGCCAUCAAAAUGGUAAGAAAUAUAAAUUCUAUUCACAGUGCCGGCGGUUUCGAGAUGAGAAACUGGACUAGCAACAGUGUCUCAGUUUUAAAUAGUCUGCCAAAUCAAACCUUAGGGACUGCGGCCGUAAGGUUUAAAGUCGAUCAGCAGCAACAAGGUGAGCGUACUCUCGGGCUAAUAUGGUACCCAGCCGAUGAUAAGUUGACAUUCGACUUAUCAUUAAAACGGAUUCCCGAAAGUAUUGUCAACGGUGAUGAGCGUCCUACAAAGCGUCUUAUGCUUAGGGUAAUAAUGUCUAUUUUCGACAUUUUAGGAUUCUUAUCUCCUUUUACCAUUCAGGGUCGAAUAAUGCUGCAGGAUACCUGGCGGUUAAAUAUAGACUGGAAUGAUUACAUUCCGGAUGCUAUUUACAACAAGUGGCGAAAAUGGAUUGACCUACUUAAGGUAAUUAGCGACAUACGUAUACCAAGGUGCUAUCAAUCAGCUGUUCGCAAUCACAGCCACGGAGAUGCCGAGUCUCCAUCUGUGCGAGUAAGCGAGACAGCAGAUCACCGGAGCGCAGCAUCUGCUGGUACCCCGAGCGCGACGUUGCCGCUAUCGACGUACGCGCCUGGCAACGGUGCGCCUACGUCAUGCGCUACGAAGGCCUACGAAUCCGUAGCAGGAGCUACAAGCGCUACGCGCACGGCAAAGGUAGGUUAUAACAACUUACAAUUGCAUGUUUUUUGUGAUAGUAGUACUCGGGCUAUGUGUACUGUAGCUUAUUGGCGUUGGCAGAUAAAUGGUAGUAUUAAAGUUGCCUUUAUUGCCAGUAAAUGUAAGGUUAUGCCUGUAAAGCCAUUGACAAUACCUAAGGCCGAGUUACAAGCUGCACUAUUAGCCGCAAGGCUGGCUAAUACGAUAGGUAAGGAGCACAAGAUAGUUCCCGAGCGGCGUUACUUUUGGUGCGACAGUUCGACUGUCUUGCACUGGGUGCGUAACAAUAUGCGCUCAUAUAAAACGUUCGAAGCGAACCGGUUGGGCGAGAUCGAUGAGUUAUCCCGCGUAGACGAGUGGAAUUAUAUACCUACAAAGCUAAAUGUAGCGGAUUUAGCUACGCGGGAGAGUUUCGAUCACGCUCAACUAGAUAAAUGGUUCGCGGGUCCGAAUUUUUUAUAUGAAGACGUAUCCUUGUGGCCAAAAGAUGUGAUUUUGUCACAGUCAGACGCCGCGUCGCCUGAAUGUGUUGCUGUCGUACAUGAGGGUUCAAUUGGACUGGCUAUACCGGACCCAUUGCGGUUUUCUUCUUGGCUACGCUUGAAGCGGGCCACAGCUACGGUACUAGCGUUUAUCGACAGAUGUAAAGGUAUUCAUGGUCAAGUCGACUGCGGCACUAUGGAACGAGCUGAAAGAUUGCUUAUACAGCACGCACAGGCGGAGUCCUUCGGCGAAGAUAUCGUCAAUAUUAAUAAUGGUAAGCCAUUGCAACGCUCUAGUAGAUUGCUCUCUCUGUCGCCGGUGUUUGACGAACAUGGUCUGCUGCGAGUGAGCGGCCGCAUUGACGCUGUAACAGACGUACCUAUUGAUGUUAAGAGGCCUGUGAUACUCGAUGGUCGGCAUCAGGUGAGUAAGUUGAUCGUCCGAGAUUAUCACGUGAAGCUGGCGCACGGGAACCAAGAAACCAUAGUUAAUGAGGUAAAACAACGGUUCUGGAUCUUACGUCUAAGACCAACCGUUAAGUUCAUAGCAUCAUCCUGUAUGCUGUGCAGAAUCCGUAAGUGUCAACCGCGUAUUCCGCGAAUGGGGGACUUACCAAAGGCACGAAUGACACACCAUCAGCGUGCAUUCUCAUACUGCGGUUUAGACUUGUUCGGACCGAUGGAGGUCGUCGUGGGACGACGCCGCGAGAAGAGGUAUGGAGUUUUGUAUACUUGCCUGACGGUGCGUGCGAUCCACAUUGAGCUAGUCUCCUCUCUGACUUCGGACUCGCUGAUAAUGUCGCUGCGUCGGAUGGCGGCCAGGCGUGGCUGGCCAUCACACCUGUUCUCUGAUAACGGGACAAACCUGCGUGGCGCCUGUACUGAGCUGCAGCGAUCGAUGCAGGAACUGAACGCCGAAGAGCUGAAAAGCUACGGUGCCAACAAAGGUAUGGAGUGGACUUUUAUCCCUCCCGCUAGCCCCCAUUGGGGUGGGGCGUGGGAGAGGUUAAUCCGUAGUGUAAAAACGUCUCUCAAAGUAAUUUUAAAUGAGCGUGCACCACGGGACGAGGUGUUAAGUACGCUUAUGGCGGAAGUCGAGAAUAUAGUGAACAGUCGUCCCUUGAUGCACGUCUCUGUAGAAAAUGGAGGUGUGGAAUCACUCACACCGAACCAUUUCCUCCUUGGCACGUCGUCAAAUCUGCCUAUUAUCGGUUCCUUUGACGGCUCUGACCUGUACCUGCGGAAACAUUGGCGUACAGCUCAGCGGCUAACCGAUAUGUUCUGGCAGAGGUGGAUGAAGGAGAUCCUACCAGACCUCAUACCAAGAAGGAAAUGGCACGAAGAAAGGAAGCCGCUGCAAGUCGGCGACCUCGUCCUUGUUGUGGACCCGAACUCUCCUCGGAACAUGUGGCCAAAAGGUUUGGUCACUCAGGUGUUUGCCGGUAAGGACGGGCGCAUAAGGCUGGCGGAGGUGAAGACCAGGACUGGGACUUGGCGCCGGUCUGCGGCACGCAUCGCACCUAUCUCUUUAGCUGAUUAG